AGGAACUGGCAAACAAGUGCAUUCUAUUCGUUCAGGAGAAGAAAAAGUGCAGUCUUGUUUUGUUUACUUUUAGAAAGGCAAAAUGCUACUUCGCAUCAAGGCAGCCAGGAAUUUCUGCGCAGUUUUUAAAGUUCGAUCAUAAUGUUGUGGUGUAUAUUUCAGCCAUAACAGUUCCAUUUUUGGGCUGCUGUACGCUGAUACUGACUUUUACUGGACUGGAUUCCUCCUCAGCGCACGAAGACUGGCAAUGACCCACAACAGCCCUGCGUCCUGCAUGAUGGGUUCGAGAUGGGGCGGAGUAAAAGUGCCAGCUGUGUCACUGAUUCUAUCCAUCUUUUGCGUGAUGGGAGCUGCCAGGCAAUUGCACAUAACUAGGUCACUGGGCAACAGCGACUGGUGUCUGAACAAUGCCAAGAAAGUGCUGUGGAUCUCUGAGAAUACAAGUGCCAUCAUCACAGGCAAGAGCAGCAGCUCCAACCGUCGGAGAGCCAAGGACUGCCAGUUUGUCUUUGGUCUGGCCUCUAGGAAAGAAAAUGCGAGGCUUGUGCUGUAUUUCAACUUUCUUUUCAUCCAUGACUGCGGUGUGAAGCUGCAGAUCAACGAGUCGCAGACAGGGGACUUCACCACCUCCAAGACAAAUCACGAGAUUUACAUGUCCCAGUGCAACACAAUGAGCCCCAAGUUUCUGUAUGCGAGACCCAAGCACUACGUUUUGGUGCGGCUAACCAGGGCGGACGUCUAUCGGGAGAACUACAACUUCCAUCUCAAUGUCUCAAUGGCAGAAUCGCUUCCUUCCACUGGGCCAGCCCUACACGUGGUCGUCAUUGUAGGUUUUGUCCUGGCCGUGGUGGUGCUGACUGCCACCUGUCUGCUGUUCAAGUACAUGAUGCGACUGAGCUACCGGUGGCGAGAGCAGCGCUCGGAGGAGGCCAUGACACGUGCCAUCAGUCUGUACAACUCCCAGGAGCACACUGCCGAUCGGGAGCCUGACCUGGUCUAUGUUGAGCCGGGCAACCGGGAGUCUCAGGAUGAUCACCAUCACUCCCCGAGGAAUCAUCACACAACUGGUCCUGAGAUAGCAUUUGUUCACUCUGAUGGUCGCAUUGAGCGGUUUAGAACCACAGACAGGGUACCUUCAAGCCACUCUGUGGCAUCUGUCAGUCGGAACUCCCCGAGAUCAAACAGGGUCCCCAGAAAGAACGCGAGUAGUAAAUUCACAAGAGGAGGAGGCAGUAGCAUGUCUCCAGUCAUGUCAAAACCUUCCCCCAAAGUGUCUCGUGAGUCGUCAUCGCAGUUGUCACAGGAACCAGCUGCGAUUCCGUUGCUGCAGGCGAACACAGCUCCCACGAGGAGAAGCACAGGGGAUGUCUCUGAGAUUGGACUUGAUGGAGGUUGUGACAUGCCACCAUCAUAUGAAGAAGCUCUUGACAUGCCAGGUCCUAGUCAGCUGGAUGCAGCUUUAGGGGAGGAGGAGGAGGACGAAGGGGACAGCUUGUUUCAGCUAGAGGCUGGAGCAGAUGAGAACUCCGUCCUGGGGUGUUUGAGAAUUGAUUAUGUGAAUAUUGGCACAGAGCCAGGCGGUGAGAGAGAGCAUGUGGCGCAGGACCCUGACGGAGAGUGUGCCAGAGGAGGUCAUGACCCCACAGCUACUAGCUCCCUGUCAGAGCCUGACACUAGCGACAGUGGUCAAGCUCUGGUCUCAUUGCCCUCUUCAAGAUUAAAGGAUUCCUGAAGAUAUUUUUUUUGUAUUGCCAUGUUAGGACUUUAUAAAAUCAAAUCAAAAGAAAAUGGGGCGGGAGGAGAUAAAUGUUUUUUGUUUUUUGGGUUUUUUUUGACAAAUGUGCCAGAAAUGCUUGCAGUCUGGUAAAAUGUUAAAGGGCAUUUCCAUAUAAGUGUCUUUUUGAAUUUAUUGUUUCUGCUCAAAAUUUUUGCGGAACUGAUUUAUAUUAACUUUUUUUUCCAUCCCAGACCCAGAAGAGAUAGGAUGACUACAGAACAGUGUUGGGGUGGGCUUUUUUCCACAGAGUAGAUCAUAAAACCAGAUGAAUUUGUAAGCUAUUUUCACACCCAUGAGCUCAUUUUUUAAAAAUCUUUAGUAUCAAUGAAUUCAAAUCAUGACCCUCACAUAUGAUUAUCCUAGUCCGGUGGCAUUAAAGAGAUGCACACACUGGCACAAAUGUCAAACAUUGUAUGCCCGAGUACACUGUGCUGAGUGAGCUGCACCAACUCGUCCAUUGUGCAUUUGUUCUGACAAGGUAAAGGUAGGCUUGUUCACUUCAAGGAAUUGUGUAUUGUGCAGCUAAGAUGUCCAAGUCAAGUCGCCCGUGCUCGCCAGAGCUCUGUCUUUCAUGUAAUCACAAAAGACUUGGUGUCUUUGAGCCGACAUCUGCUUUCCUUUUUUCCUGAUGGAGUCACAUGGUGUGCGACUUUCUCCUGCCAUUUGUGAAUUGUGUUCUGCAUAUGAGUGUGAUUAUGCACAUAUGUCGAUUUUCAUUUCUAAGGUAAUUAUGUUUUGUAUGUUUGAUUGACACAGUAUCCUGUGUGCUCCUUGAAGUGAGAAUGGUGUUGUGACUGGGCUGGAUGUAGAUUGAUAUAAACAUUUUCAAUGACGUGUGGGGGGUUUUUUUCUAUUGUUUUUGAAGACAGUACAGAUUUUUUUCUUCCAUAAUGGAAAUGAAUAUUUAUGUGUACUGUAUAUAUAUUUACAGGUCUCUUCUUUUGAGGGAAACUGGUGUGUUUGAAAUGACCAAUGCAAUCAUUUUAUGGUAUUAUUACGUUUUGACCCAUUUUUUAUUAUUAUUACACUUCGUUGUUCUUUGUACUUUACAAAAAAGAAAAAAAAAAAACCUAGAGAAAUACUUAUCUGUACCAGUAGCCUUGCUGUAUAUUUAGGGUCUUCACCUACAUAUAAAAAAAACUAUAAGUUUGGUACCUUCUCUGGAAAGUGAAUUUCAAGUUUCUAUUUUUUUUCUGGGAUGUAUCAGUAUCAGGGUAGAAGCAACUUGCCUUUUAAUUAUUUAAUUGUAUCCUAUCAUUAAAGAUUUACGAUCAUUUGCCGUCACAUUUUUUUUUUUGUGAAGGUCAGGAAGUAUUAUUAUCAUUAAGUGGCUGUAGGUGGUGUGGUGGUCUGUAAUGUUUGUUUGCCUGAUAAAUAUGAAAGUAUACUUUGACCGUUGCCAUUUAUAUGAAGGGGUAUGAUAACUGGCGGUUUGCAAAAUAGUCUUUGAAAGAAUCCUAUGAACUAUUUCAUGUAUGCAUGUCUUUUUGGUUGGCAUAUUUCAUCUCUCGUUUUUGGACUAAAAGAACUUGGGAGUUUCUUUUCAUAAGUUCUCUGAGUACAACACAUUGAGAAGAGUGCCCAUUUCCCCAAGGGACAUAUAGCUCUUCGUACAAAUUGAACAGACUCUCAUGCUGUCCUGUCUCCCAUCUUGUUAUCCUGAGUCUGCUUGCAUUGUAAAAUUAGGUUUAUUUAUUGUAGUUCUUGUCUCAUGACUCAUGUUUGAUAUGGGGAAGGUUACAGAAAGCAAUUGUAACAAUUUUCUCACUUUGCACGUCCCAAGGAAAGCUCCUUUCCAUCACACUGGCUUUGUGGAAUUCAAGAAAGCUUUGCUAUUUCAUUUGAAGGUUGAGAUUCUUCGUUAUGUUCUUAUUAAUCUAAUGUGCCAUCUAUGUUUACUGAUGCUCUGUCUCGUCUUCAUGUGUGUUGAAGAGCCAGUUCCCUGAUAAACUCAUGGCUGAUUCCUGCUCAAGAAUUUCUUUCUUGCUCUUCAGAUUUAUAGUUUGAUUAACUUUCUCUCUAAUCUAAAAAUGCAUAAUUUUCUUGGCUGGCUUGAUAUGAAUGAAUGUUAGAAAUGUUUGAAGUACAAUAAGUCCGUCACAGUAAAACUUGUAAUCACUUCAUAACUUUUGGAGAACUUACCACAAAGCAGCCAAUAGUCUUGGUGCAUUUCAGUUGAAUAUCUAGUCGGAGACAAAGCCAUUCAUAUUAUAUUGAUGGCUGUCUGUUCUUUCCUUUUUAGCCCUACUUCUGAUAUGGUGUCAAUUUUUUGGCCCACAGAUUAUAACAGGUUGUUGUUUUUUUCGUUAUAGCAAUCAAUAUUGAUAUGUACGCUAUGUAUAUUUACAAAUCUCUUCUUUUGAGGGAAACUGUUUUAUUUUCACAAAUUGAUUUUUUGGCCCAGCAUUUUGAACCUCCAGAAAUAUUGUUGUUAUGUGUAAAUUCUGUUGUGAAAAAUUUUUGAUAACUAAAUUGUAUAUUGAUCUUCUGCUAGAAAAUGAAAGUGUACUUUCUGUUUGGCCAGUGAAUGCAUAUUAUGAACAUUGUAGUCUUGUCAGUUGACUUCCAUUGGAGUGCACUCAGUGUGAAGAAUGGCUCAUCUGCUGUUGCUACCAUCGGGAUUUCACCCCACAGCUCACAGGAAUUUGUUUGGAGCGUUUGAAUUAGACAGUGAUUAUGAUUUUAUUGGAAUAUUCCAUGACAAUGAUAGGUCGAGAAGUGAUGAAAAGGAUUGGGAUGAACAGUAACCAGUGCGUUGGUACAGAUUUCGGUCUUGAUUUGGGACUGGUGGAAAAUUAAGUCAGCUUUAUAUUCAUGAUCAAGAGACAGAUAGGGAUGAACUGUACUCAGAUAAAAUGUUUCGUUGAAAGCUGUUCCAAUGUUUUGUCAAAGCCCAUGAAUUUUUUUCUUUACUUUGAUUUGAUUGCUUUUUUUCCCCCCUGAUAUUUUAGUUAUUCGUUAUAAAAAAUAUGGCCUCAAAUUAAUUUCAAAACAUUCUAUAAAAACAUUGACAAAAGACACCAAAUGAUAUAUUUCCCUACACUGAAAAGGCAAAAAUUUGCUUUUUGUUGGUUAUUCUUAUAAAUCAAACAUAUGUUGCCCUUAUUUCCUCUUCUUUUUGUGUUUGUUAUUCUAAUCUUUGGCACUUAUAUGACCUAACUGUGUUGCAAGUGCCGUAAAACGCUUAUAUUAAAACAAAAUAAACAAAAGACCUUUUGGAAGCUCAAAUAUGGAAUUAUACAUCGUAUACAAAUUGUCUCAUAAUGUCUCAUAAACACCUGAGCAUUUUGAGAAGAUGCUUCAACAGUAAUAUGUUUAAUAGCUACACACUCUUGACAGAUCAAUGUUUACUCUUCAUACUUUUGGUCAUCUGUUCAUGUGAUAGUAAGGGUAUGUUGUACAAAUUAUAAUAUGAAAAAGUAAUGGGCUUGAAGAAACUCAGUUCUUUCAACAAAUAGUAAUGAGACUCAGAUCUGCGCGUUUCAUUUUGCAUCAAAGGCUAAUGAAACUGGUGUGUACACAUGUCAUUUUGCUGUAGAGGCUUACAAGACUUAGAUCUGCAUCCUUCAUUUUAUGACUGAAGUAAUUUCCUGGCCUCAUUGUGUAGAUGAGGGGGAUCAUAGAUUGUCAAAUGGUGAUGUUGUGUUUAAGUAAGCCAACCAUUUCUUGAGUCAACAACUACACGGUUUUCUCCAGCGUUUAAAAUGUCUUUAUAGCCUGAAAACUGUUUUCAUCAGUGUUUUAUUUUCAUGAAUCUCUCAUGUUCCUUUUUUUUCUUGUACUGAAUGCAAAAAAAAAAAAA